AUGACAUUCUUCCCUCUAAGCACGCCUCCGCCUUAUAUAAUCCGGCCAGGUUCUAACAGCGUUCCGACGCUGAGACACCCUGAUUUAAGUCUAAGCAACAUGUUAUUAGUACCUAGAUCAACCAAAAUCAUCAGUAUCAUCGAUUGGCAGGAUACUGUGAUAUUCCCCCGCAUUAUGUGA